UGAAUUAAGUCUUUCAUGAUCCCACACGGAGGAGGAGGAGGAGGAGGAGGAGGAGGAGGAGAAUCUUCAGGGAUGUGAAACAACUGAAGGUUCCUCUGUGGCCGGAGCGAAGCAGCGGCGGGCAGACGUCACUGCCGGACGAGGACGGAGGACGUCGCCUACACGUUUGAGCCGUAGGACGUAGCGUCUCGGCGUAGUGUCGGCCGAGCGGAGCAUGGAGACGGAGGCGGGGGCGGCGGCCGCCGGCAGUUCUGCCGUCGCGGGGCCGUCGGCGGGCUCCUCCGGCACGCGGGUGCCGACGUCGAUGCCGCCGUUCGACGCGCCGCCGGCGGGCGGGCCGGCGCGGAACCCGCCGCCGGCCCCCGAGGAGGCGGGGGCGGCGCCGCACGCGCGGACGCGGCUGCACGACAUCGUCAAGGAGCUGGACCCGAACGAGCGGCUGUCGGACGAGGUGGAGGACGUGCUGCUGGAGCUGGCGGACGACUUCGUGGAGGCGACGGUGCGGGCGGCCUGCCUGUCGGCGCGCCACCGCCGCUCCGCCGUCUUGGAGGCCCGCGACGUGCAGCUGCACCUGGAGCGCCACUGGAACAUGUGGCUCCCCGGGUUCGGCACCGAGGAGCUGCAGCCGUACGCUCCGGCUGCAGAGGGGGAGGCCCACCGCCGCCGCAUGGAACUCGUGCGCGAGGCCGCCGGCAAGUGACGGCGCACGCGUCCGGGGAGGUGACUGUCGAAAUUGUACUGGGAGGGAGCUGGCUUUCGCUUCAUUUUUUUUACCGCAGUGGAAGUAUCGAAGAGCGAGUGACGGUCGACACCGAGAACGGCGGAGGGGUGUCCGGUGCGCUAUUGCAGUUUGGAGUGUGACGACGUUCGGGGAAGAGUGGCGCGUUAGGAGCUGGUAAUGUGCCCCCUACCCCCUCCUUCCACUGCGACAGGACAAAACUUCGUAAACUAAAAGAAACUGAGUCACGUACGUACACAGUGUCGCCUAUUAGUAAAAGGAGCCCACUCUCGUGCGAUAUCGGACACGACUUUUUGCCUCGAAUUCUUCGUUUGAGAAAACUGUAAAAUUUUGGCGAGACGUAACAGCUAGCUGCUACUCGAGUUGGCGAGGAGAAAUUCGGAGUGCUGCCGGUAGGUGUGUGGAAAAGCGGAGGAAACGACUCUCUAGUUCUCGGAACUUCGACACUGUGGGCAGAGAUAGAUUGCCAGUUAACGUAAAGAAGAUAAGUUGAGUUCUGGACAGAUACAAUUAAAAGGCACUCGCGUAAAACUUUCGGCCGCGGCCUCUGUCGGCAAAAGAGAAACGCGGACCGUCCAUAACGCGGGCGAGCGCACCUAGUGCACGUGUGACCGCGAAGUCUGGCAGCUCUGACCGAGGUACCGGAGCAGUCAGCCGCGGGUGCGCGAGGUGAACCGGCUCGUGUGUACGGACGGUGUACGUCCGUCUUCUGCCGACCGAGGGAGUGGCCGAAAGCUUUCUGUAAGUGUAUUUUAAUAGCGACUUGACGUGUCUUCUUUACAGUAAAUAGCACUCUAUCUCUUCCUACACUGUCAAUAUUCCUACCCGGAGUUUAGCUCUGGGAACUGUUCGAUAAUUCGUCACGGGGUAUCGGUUUCGGAAUUAGGACGACAGAGGCCUACCCAUCACGAGGACGGGGCAGUCGGGGGUGGAGGAGCCGGCCGGCCCCGGAGGGAUCGGCGUGCUCCGCCGGACGGUGUCGGCAGUUCCCGCUCUGCCCUCCCUGGCAGACCUCCCGCCACCUGGCAGCGGUGGAUCCUUCUUAUCCUGCCAUUCCCUCAGACAAACUUUCCCGGUCCGUUCUCCUUCGUCCUCUGAGGAAGUACGUAACAGUUUAAGAACGGUACGUAACAUUGUCGUUCCCGCCACGAGUUAACUGCCGGUCACCCGUACCGUCUUUCGGUGGCUGUACGAGUGUACGGUUUAGCUACUAGCUGUAACUUCCUUUCGAGUGGGGGACCUCGGUGACGUCACAAAAUUUUACCAGUUCCUGUGCUGUUAGCGUGUAGAAAAAUCGUAGACUGGAAGUUUUGUGCACACGCUUAACCUCUUUUGUGUGUGGGACAAAUUUUGUUCUCUCCCCUGGAAUGGAAGAAACAUUUAUCGGUGGUAGCUUUUGUGAUAUAUUUAUUGUCCUGUGUCAUUUUUGUGCAUGUUCGUAAGAUGUGCACGACUUGUAAUUACUUAACGGGCAUACUGUUUUAAAACACUGAAAAACAUUUGGAGGACAGUUUCAGUAAAAUAUGUUUGACGUUCUGAUCAAAUACAAAUAAUAAGGUAAUAAUUGUUGUCA